AUGGCUGAUCAAGAAAGCCAGAGGCAGCCAUCCUCUGAAACCGCUUCCAUUCAGAGGAAAGCGGCUGCCCACAAUUUAAGCCAUGCAAUAGACAACCUCGAAGCUGCUGCGGAAAAGGAUGGCUAUGUUUUUGAUGCUUCUCUUGCAGGAGACAACGGAUUAAAGACCACUGCAGAUGGCAGUAAAAUUCUCAUUCCCCAACCUUCUGCGUCGCCAUUGGAUCCUCUCAAUUGGUCAUGGGCCAAGAAACACCUCAUCUUGAUCAUUAUCUCCAUGACCGCCUUCCUUCCGGAUUAUGGAAGCGCAACGGGAGCCGUAACUCUGCUUCCGCAAGCUGGGAUCUGGGGUAUGACUCCAGAUGAGGUUAACCAUUCGCAAGUCGGCAAUGUUUUUAUGUUAGGGGUCGGUGGUGUGUUCGUCGUGGGACUGGCAGCUUACUUUGGCCGGUACCCCGUCUUCUUCUGGUUUACCGUUAUCGCGACUGCAACAGCUGUUUGGUGCACAGCGGCCCAGACUUUUGAGUCUUUCAUGGCUGCUAGAAUUCUUAACGGGUUCUUUUCCACUGUUGCUCAAGGGGGUGGUCUCAUGUACAUCAAAGACCUGUUCUUCUUCCACGAGCACGCACGAAAAAUCAACAUCUGGUCUAGCUUUAUUAUUGUCUCUCCUUAUCUCGGCCCGCUCUUCACUGCCUUCAUUAUCAACACACAAAUCUGGCAGUGGGCUUUUGGCGUAUACACGAUAAUGACUGGACUCUGUUUACUUCUUAUCAUCUUCUUUAUUGACGAGACGUAUUACGAUCGGAAGCUCCCCGAAUCUCAGCAACCCGCUCGUGGACCUAAAUGGAAGCGAAUGGUUGGUAUCGAACAAUUCCGGUCGCGACAUCUUCGCAAUUCGUUCAAAGAUGCAUGCAUGAGGCCUAUCAUAAUUAUCUGCAAGCCGCCUGUCUUCAUCUCCAUGAUGUAUUACCUAUUAACCUUCGCCUGGAUUAUUUCUUCCAUUUCUAACCAAGCGAUUUUUUUAAAAAAAGGAUUUUUCUAUUUCACCCCUGUCACUGCUGCUAUCCUUGGUGAAAUUGUCGGCCACUGGCUACAUGACUUGAUAGCCAAAAUAGCCGCGCGGCACAACAAUGGGCGUCUGGAACCCGAGGCCCGAUAUGUAGCGGUCUGGAUCUCCACUCCUUUCAUGGUCGCGGGACUUGUCCUACUUGGCUUCGCGUUAGACGGCAAGUACCAUUACAUGCUAGCGUCGCUGGGAUGGGGUCUGUAUGUUUUUGGAAUCAUGAUCACAACCGUUGCGGUCAACGCAUACGUGCUGGACAGCUACCCCGAAGCCAGUGGAGAAGUGGCUGCAUGGAUCAAUUUCGGCCGCACAACUGGCGGAUUUGUUGUCAGUUAUUUCAUGGUACGGUGGGCAAAGGAGCAGGGAACUGUGCGCCAAUUCGGGACGAUGACGGGCAUUUGUGGGUUUGCAUUCUUGAUGGUUUUGGGAUUGCAGUAUUAUGGGAAGAGGAUGAGACUUUGGGCUGGACCCGCGAACUUUAAGACUAUUUAA